AUGACGUUUGGCUGGAAACCUCUCGGCCAGUCGCCCGCUGAACCCGCCGACUUCGACACGCCACGCGAUGAAGAACGCCUCGGAUGCGAAGUUCCCUACCGACAGUUCCCGAGGCUGAGAAGGAUUGCGCUCUGGCUGCUCUUGACCGACUUGGUGCUCGUCGCGCUGCUGCUCCAUACCCUCGAUCCCCUCAUUACCCUGCUGCGAAGGAACGAAGAGCUCUUUGGGGCGCGACUCGCCCUAUCUGGCACCGAUAACCCAAAAGACUCGAAUCACCAAGACAAACCCAAGAUACCACGAAUCCUACACCAAACCUGCGCCAAUGAGACUAUUCCAGAGAAGUGGGUUGAUUCGCAACAGAGUUGCAAGGAAGCCUAUUCCGACUUCGAAUACAAGCUCUGGACUGAUCAGUUUGCUCGCGAGUUUAUAUAUGUCGCAUACCCCUGGUUCUUGGAAACCUGGGAUAACUACGAUUUCCCGAUCCAGCGUGCCGACUCCAUUCGCUAUUUUGUCCUCCACCAUUACGGUGGAAUAUAUCUCGACAUGGAUACCCUGUGCAACGAGACCUUUCCUCUACACCAAGUCGAAUCUGCAGCGGAACACCAGGCUAUCCUCAAAUCGACUCUGCCUACUGGCGUAACCAACGAUUUUAUGAUAUCAUCAGCGGGGCACCCGGCUUUUGCAGCGGCCAUUGCCAAAUUACCAACCUAUUACAAUAAAACACGAUUAUGGGCUCGACUGCUGCCCUACGGCGCCAUCAUGAUAUCUUCUGGACCGUUCUUCCUGACCAUGAUGGUAAUGGACUACUUGAUGAAGCAACCCUUGCUGUCCCCGCCAACAGUGCAGGUUGUCAAUCAGACCCAAUUAGCACCGUACAUCACCGAUCUCGAAAGUUGUACUUGGCAUCAGGAAGACGCUCAACUUCUCAUGUGGCUGGGAGAACGACCAUGGGCUUGGUUCAGCUUGGGGGGAAUAGGGCUUGUCGCUGGAAUUUACCUCACUAAUUGUGCGCUAAUGAGUGUCUGGAAAACCCUCACUCAAAAGGCUUCAACUGUUAAUUAUAAUACAAAAAGUGCCAAGUUAGUAUAG